UGUGAUGAGAAUGUUUAUAACAUUUAAAUACACGCUAGCAGCGCUAGGCGACCGCAGAGGUGCAGACUGCAUGUUUGUGCAAACGAACAACUUGCACUGCAUGACACAUACACGUAAUUAACGCUAGGCCAUCUGAGACUGCAUGAAAGCGAACACGGAUAGCACCUCUCGCACAUGGAUGUGCAGAGUACGAUACACACCGUUAGAUCAAAUCUAUCAAUAACAUAUAGAGUACGAGCUGUGCUAGGCUAUGGCAGACUAUAUACAAAUGGCAUCUCUCGAAAGUAACUUGAAUAUGCAGGUUUUGCUACGCACAAGAUAUAGCAUAUCUAUGAAUCUUGUAUAAAUACACGUAGGGAAAUCAAGCUCGUUGUAGACUAUAUGACAGUGAAUUCAUAUUGCAUCUUUUACAAUCGAACGUGCAAGUUUUGAUACGCACAAUAUAUAUAACAUCCUAGCAUACUUCCUUAUAGAGGUGGUCAAUUUGGGCUAUCUUAACAUACGAACAUUCGUGCCCAUUUGCUGAUAGAAAUACUCGUUCGAAUAUAUACAAUGUGUGCUGAAAUAGUGCCACACAAUUACAAUCCACGGUCAGCAAUCAUUCCUUUGCUGAGAGACGCAUUGUCUACGUUGUUGGAUGGUCACACCAGUGUGCAUAAGCAGAUGAGAGCCUCCUUCGAGUUACGAAGAUGCGUACACCGGCUCGAGAAAUUUCAUGCACGCCUCGAUGACGACACAGUUCGUGAAAGUGCCGAAGUGUGUGCAGCAACUUCUACAUUCCAUGUGUAUGCAGAGCACCGAACCCAGUACUACGAAGUGCUGGUAGAUGUUCUCAGUCGAAGUGCUGGAAGUAAGCAGAUACUGCAGAAUGUUCUGUACUGCUGCCCCUUUUUCUGUUCCCCGCACGAUGUGUCUGAGGGCAAGCCGGAGACGAGAGCCCGACGAGCCUUACUGACAGCGCUUUCUGCGGAGAUCACAGACGUAUACACACGAGUACUGAUCUUAGAGUGUCUGAUCAAUUGGUGCAAGUACGGAAUGCAGUUGCUACAGGACAUGAGCGUGUCGUUGCUAUCGAUGCUAGGAGAGCUCUCAAGGAAUACCCACAGCGGCAGACAACAGGACAGCGGACAUAUGUGGGCAAAUACACAUCCACAGCACACUCAAGUACCCGUGUGUGUGCUGAAGCGAAUUUAUCGGUUGCUGGGUCGCGUUGUGAUGGAUGCCUCUCGAGGUGCGCGGAAUAAGAAAGAGAGGAAAGCUAUCGGGGCGGCAAUCGUGCCGUUGAUCAAAGCCCUGUGUGUUGGGAUACAGUCGGAUAGAGGCGUUGUGCGUUCGUUGGCACCUCAACUGCUGCAAAGAUUGUUCAACGAGUGUCCCGGUGAGCGCAUGUCCAUUACAAAAGGGUGUGUGACGUACUUACAAGAUCAGCAUUCAAUCGCAACGGGAGAACUGAGUGCCAUAUCGGCGCGCAGUGUACUCCUUGCGAGACUGCGUACUUGCCGAGUGCUGGCGAGAAUUCUGAGUUCGUCGAAUGCGCUGAACGAAAUCAACAAGGCUUCUCUACAGGCAUGGACGGAUGAGCGGUUUUCUGACGAUUCCAUUCUGGCUUAUGAAGCUUUCAGUACGUUCGAUGCGAUCGUAGACAGGAUGAUAGGCCCGCAUGCAAAGAUAGACACCUCGGAGAAGUUUAAACGGAAGCAGGAGUUUGUCAUAAAGCCUUUCUUGGAGAUCUCCAUCGCCAGACGUUACAUAACUUCACUGCACGGCGAUCCCGUGACUGUCAAAAGAUUGCGUUUACUGGUGCUGCGACUCUGGAUCAAGGUGAUCAUUCUCCUGGACUUCCACGAUGCUCUCUCAUCGCCGGCGAAUAUGAAAUGCAUGCUUUGCUUGUUCACCACAUGUCUGGCUUCGUCUGAUCCUUCUGUGCUCCCAUUGAGGUUUCAACUGUCGGACUGGCUCCUGAAGUCUCUCGCAGCACGCCGUUCCAUAUCUGCGACGGAGAAAAUUUAUGUCGGUGAUGUGUCUACAGGCAAUGGUUUGUCCAUCUCAGAUACCACUUGUACGGACCUCAUCGCCGCACGGCCCAUUCUCUCUGCACUGGCCAUGCCACGUAACCGUUGCAACCCCAUCAACAAGCCACAUACAACUGCACAUCACAGUAAAGCUGCAUCUUCAGUCAACACAAUGUGCAGAUCAACUACAGCAGCCAACACUAGAUCUACGGACCUCUCUUUAAGCGGGUCGAAUGCGAGAGUGGACGUGGACGGCGAAGGUGACUCGUUUGUGAAACCAACAGUCAGCUCUGCCGUGUUUUCAGCGAGUCCGUGCCGUGAAUGUGAUUGUCCAUUCGCCUAUGAUCUGAUUCCCCUUCUGGUUUCAGGCGUAAGGGCUGCCUUUCAGCUUAAUCAAGGUUCUCACAUGCACGAGACUGCUGACAUAGCUGAAGCAGCUUCGACCGCUCGAUUCCCAGAGUGCCUCCACAGACUAAUGUGCUAUCUGCAUCGGGGAAGGACUAGCGCCGAUGCGCGAACCCGGCAGGUCGCUUAUGAUUCUGAAACGAGCUUAUGCAAAAUGAAAAAGGAGAUGCAAUCGAACAGGUACUUACGGCUUCGCUGGACCGUUGCCAUGGUAACAUCGCUUGUGAGCAGUCACCAUCGUGGCUAUACGUCUACAUGCGAUGAGGGGAUGGAGUCGUUUCCAGCUGGGUCUUUGGCAGCCGAUUCGACUGUCCCGUUGAAUGCGGACAUACGCACUCCCGCGGUACCUCAUACUCAUUCCACACCCCACCACUGCAACCCGGCUCAAUCCCAUGCACACGCACAGUUGCACGCUCACCAAUCUAGAGGCACGACUCACUGUCACGAGUGCAUUAACCAGUGCAAAGUCAGCUGGCAGCAGGAGCAUGUAGCUGCCGCUGCUCAGUGCAUGCGCACAUUCCUUGCAAGCAUUCCUAGUAAUGAUACCGCUGUAUUAGGUGGUGGACAACGAAGAAUGUCACACACUGACCCAUCUGCACCCGCUUCAUUUACGCGCGCACGCGUUGUGGAUGGAGAACUUACACAUGGAGUACAAUAUACAUACAACGAUAUUGGUGGCGGUAAUACCAUGGCCACUCAGGCACAAUUAAACCUGUGCUUACCACCACACCUGAGAGUAUACAACCACAUGAAUCCUCAGAGACCAUCCAAGGCUGUACAUGCUGAUAGUGUCAUGUGCGAGCAAAGUAGUACCGGGAUGUCUGUGAUGAGCAGAAAUUUGCGUCAAACAACCCAAGACACGCCACGUAGUACUCCUCCAUUUGCCGACACUUCUACCCGUGCACCUGAUAGCACGCCUUCGACAAUAUACGCAAUCGCACAUUCUUACCCUCUAAAUCCUGUUGAGGAACAAGAACCAGGAAUCGCUAAUGCGAAAAAAACCCCGCAAGCACCGAAGGAUCAAAAUCAGAAAAUUAAUGCACCUAGCAGAAUUCGAACUAACAUGAUACUUGCGCAAACACCCAGUUUAGUGGAUAUGACACCAAGCAAAAAGUGCAUAUCGGCGGGGGCCGAACACCGCGAAUUUGAUGGAGACAGUGGCAGGCAAAGAGUACCGCCGACUUAUAAGGACAUUCCACGACAGCAAAUUCAUAAAAAAAACUCAACGCUAGAGAGCAGCAGAUUAUUUGUAGGUACAAGCGCAUAUGAGGAGACUCUAAUUGCCAGAGAAUUGUCGCAUUUAGUGUGUACACUUCAUUCAUACAGUGCCUCCAUAACAUCGAUGCAGUGUAUUUUCGGUGCGAUCCGGAAGCAGACGUCCAAGAGGGUACAUGCAGAAAUCGAAGGGGUCAACCGAACAUUGGAUACAUCUGUACUAAACAACUUAAGGAAGAAAGGCGGAAAGUCUAAUACUCAUCUGACAAGGAAAUAAAUACUUACAUAUAUACUCAUAAUAUAUAUAUAUAUAUAUAUAUAUAU